GUUGGCUCAAUGCGCUCGUCGUCUGGAGAGCUCGUCAGGGCCAGUACUCGCGAGAAAUGGUACGAAUACGAUCAUCGCUAUCCCGACCUUCAGUCUCCCAUUGAUACCUUGACCACUGUUCAAACCGUGAGUUCCGAGGGUCCAGAAGCGUUUCCCGUUCUCCUCUGCCACGUAUGCAGUGACUGCGGCCGAAUGCGGUCGGCUGGCUUUCACAGGUCACAUCCCGUAAUCCCAGGAGAACCAGUCAUCUCUUCUCCCUGUCGCCGCUGCAGAAAAUACUCCGGAUCAAGCGACGAGCACUGCGAGCGGCAAAUCACACAUAUCCGAGAAUGCAAGUCUGAUGAGCCCUGCGACUGGCCGUACAUGUUGGAUGACGUUCACGUUCAAGUGGAUCGUGGACGACGUCGAAGCCGAUCGAGAGACCGGGACGAUAUAUACAUCUCAAGACAUCGCUCUACUAGCAGGCCACAGAUCAUCAAGAAGUCGGAAAGCCGUACGAGCCUAGGCUUGCGAGCACUGCAAGACCAGAUCAAGUCACCAAGACUGUUCCGCAGGAAGUCGAAGGUCCGCAUUGCCUCCAUGAGCCCGCCGCGUGAGUAUGACCGUGUGCAUGUAGAAGUCACAAGGGACCGUUCUCCUGGAUUUCCGCCUCGUAAGGAAUAUCUACAGGAAGACUAUCAUGUCAUUCGAAGAGAGUCAUCCUUACCGCGCGUUUUGCCUCGCCUAGAGAUGAGAUCUCGAAGCAUCUCACCGGCACGCUAUCGAUAUAGAGAUGACUACCACGAAGUCGACGUGGAGCGCCACGAAGUAUCGCACUACAAGGCCAGUGAUCUUGUAGACGACUUUACUCCCCUAUCAUCUCCGGCGUUUUCGGACAGCUACGUCGUUCCAACCCCACGUUCGAUUCUCAAAUCAACUAGCACAGAUGUUGCGACCACCCAUCAUCGUCGAAUGAGUACGCCAAAUGUCGCCCGCGAGACCCGUUAUGUUGAGGUAUCCAGCCCCCGUGUCGAGUACAUUCAAACGUCGAAGGGCAAACAGCACCGCGAGCGUAGCGAAAGCCGUGAGCGUAUCAAGAUCAAGACAACACAGCGCCAUAGUCUCGACGAGCCUUACCUUGUUCGUGAAGAUCGCGAGUAUCUGGAUCGUCGAGGUAGCGAGAGGAUUCGAUUCGUUGAGAGCGAGCAACCGCUAGUGCAAGAAUUUGAGGAGAUGCAAAUUAGAGACAGGGUUCGCAGUGAAUCGCCUCAUGUGACUACUCGCGGACGCUCUACCACUCGUUACAGCACUACGCGUUCUCAGUCGCCUGCCGAAUCAUACGAACGGGUUGUCUCUUAUAGAGGCCAAUCUCCUGGACCCCAUGAGCGAGUGACCGCCGGCUAUCGAACAGUUCAACGCCCAGCGUUACCCGAGAGCGAAUCAACGACUACAAUCAUUGACAAACAGAGUUUCCAGGACGGGCGUCGGCGCCCUAGUGACCCGUCCGACUUUGUCACGGUCAGGAAGUGGAGAGGGCUUGACGAAAAUGGCAAGCCAGCAACUUUCGUUGAGGAAACGAAACGGAGUCCUUGUCCCCCUCGGCGGGAUUCAAGCCGUUUUCCGCGUGGAUAUACUGACAAGGUCUCCGUCAUGGCGACUGCUGGCAGUAUCAGGGAAAUCUGAUUGGUGACUUCGAGGUGUCAGAGACGAAAAAAAUUGCUUUGAAGAUCUUAUGGCUACGAGAGAUGACGAUGCAGGGUUAGCUUUGCUCUUAUGUAUUAUGACGGUUAGGGGGAGUUUAUGGCUUUAGACGAGGGUACGUUUCAAUACCUUCUUGGACGAACCUCUCUCAUUGUAUGCUGUCUAUGAAAUUCACGACUUUCCUUCUUCUUUCUCUUCUUAUAGUCGACGGUGGCUAGGUUUUUGAUAGGCCUGUGUUUCAUUCUAAACUUCCUUCUUUAUAUGGUUCAAGUGCAUCAAGAUCUAUGACGGGCAAAUUUGGCAAGGGUAGCUCCAAGUAAGAGCCUCCGCUGUCGUUAAGAAAUUGGUUA